AUCUCAAUGCAUAUAAAGGACUAAAUUGAUCAUAAAACAAAACAAUAGGACCAAUUUGGAAAAAUAUUAGAAAUUGUGGGGCAGUAUAGAAACAAAUUACGUGGAGGCUCUCAGGAGAAGCGUGGUGACCAAAUCCUCCGUCUCUCGCCUCCUCCAUCAUCAUCAUCAUCUCCAGAGAGCUUUAAAGAUUUGUCUUCUAUGGCGAGAAAGCUCUAAAUCGAAUAUUUUUAGAAAGAGAGAGAGAUUGUGAAAAGAAGAUGUCGAGAUCUCUGGCGAAACGUUUUGUACCCUAUGUGUCUGCUCGUAUAAGAGAGAAUCAUCGGAUGCUUAAUUAUUAUUGUUCUUCCUCUUCUUCUGCUCUCAAAGAAGCUUCUUCUUCUUCUUCUUCUUCUUCGUCCUCCUCCCAAUCUGAAUCACCUUCUCUCGAGGCUGUUCAUCUCAGCGACAAUUGUAUCCGGAGAAUAAAAGAGUUACAAUCUAGUGAACCGGAGAAGAAGCUGCUUCGAUUGGGUGUAGAAACUGGAGGCUGUUCUGGUUUCCAGUACGUCUUUGAGCUUGAUCAUAAAACCAACCCUGAUGACAGGGUGUUUGAGAAGGACGGUGUCAAGUUGGUUGUAGAUAAUGUCUCAUAUGACUUUGUCAAAGGCGCUACUGUUGAUUACGUCGAGGAGCUCAUCCGUUCUGCUUUCGUGGUAGCUGAAAAUCCGGCAGCAGUGGGUGGAUGCAGUUGUAAAAGCUCCUUCAUGGUGAAACAGUGAAUCAUUCUUCUUUUACAUGACUAGAAACCAUAUUUGAUCUUUUGUUUAUUUACUUGUACAAUGUCUCACAAGUUUUUGCUAUGUAUCAUCAAAAGGCAUUACUAGGGGAAAGAUACAAAAACUCUGUAGGCUUCUAGCUCAAACAAAAAACAAAAUCAUAUGUUCAAUCCUAUUUUUUAUAUAA